UUUUGCAAAAGGGUGUGAGUAAUUAAAUAAAAGUUUUGUUGUUUGAAAAUCAAAAUAACAAAGUUUCUUUUUUAGUAGGAAGAAAACAAUUUUAAGAAUCAUCCAACAAAGAUAAAACUAUCGAAUUCCUCUCUCUCUCUCUCUGUAUUAUAUCCAAAUGCCGCAGGGAACGCUUGAAGUUGUUCUUGUCGAUGCCAAUGGUUUGGAGAGCACAGAUUUUUUAUCCAGCACUGAUGCUUAUGCCAUAAUCAAAUGCCAAGAUCAGGAGAAAACAAGCAAAGUUGCAUCAGUUGAAGGAUCGUCGCCCACGUGGAACGAGACCUUCAUGUUUUCCAUCUCUAAGGAUGUUAAGGAACUGAAAAUCAGGAUUAUGGAUAAAGACACUAUUGGUGCUGAUGACUUUGUUGGUGAAGUGAUAGUUCCUCUUGAGGCGGCGUUUGAGGCUGAAAGAGUUCCAACAACUAUGUACAAUGUUGUCAAGGAUGGGACAUUAUGUGGAGGGCUAAAUGUCAGCCUCAAGUUCACUCACCAGAACGUACGAAGCAGGGGGUUUUCCAAUGAGGAUCUGGGAGGGUGGAAGUCAUCAUCAUCAGCAAUGGACUGAGCAUGAUUUGUUCUUUUUUUUAUUUUAUAAAUUAACAGUAUUAAAUAAAGAAAUUUAAAGGUCGCGGCACAGGGGACUCGAACCCGAGACCUUUGGCCUUAGGCAUUAACUCCUUACCGCUUGGCCAACACACGCACACAACUGAGCAUGAUUCUUGUAACUGAAUUACAUUGUUUUAGAAUUUUUAUCAUAUCUCAGAUUUGAGCUGAACAAUUUUAGUGCCUCUUACCUUGUGGUUAAUGUUAGUAGUUUCACAUAUUCUUGCA